AUGACUUCUCAUCAUGACCACCAGGCGCUGCACGACAGGUUAGAAGCUACCAGAAGAGAGUUGGAGGACGAAAGGGACGGUGCCGAGAGGUUGAAGAGAGAGGCCAACAGCCGCUUCGAACAGGACCGAACAAACAUAAACAAAUUAAAGGAGGAAUUGAGUAAGUACAAGACGAGGUUGGAGGAAGCCAAAGCCAGGACCGAAGAAGAAAUCAACAAGCUGGAACAGCGGAUCGAAGAGGUGAAGACGGAGAGAGAUAACUGUCAAAGUGAGGCGGAGAAUUUGAAAAUACAGUUACAGUUGUGCGAAAAUAAGUCGGAAGGUGUUAGUAAUCAGUUGCACGAGACUCUUCGGAAACUUAAAGAAGCCAAUGUGGUAUUGCCUUUAUCUCGCCACUAUAAGGCACGUAAUUUAUAUGGGAUUCAUGCGGCAGCCAACGUGUUUAAAGUAACAUCUGAUUUUCAUAAACACCAAAGGACAAUAAACAGUGGUUACAACGAACAAACAAUUAAUAAAAUUUUAAAUCAAAAACUACAUAAGAAAGCCCUGAAAUUAGUAUUUGCACCACCAGAGAAAAAACCAAGCAGUUUCUGCUCGAUUACAUAUACAGGCAAGAUAUCAAUAAAAAUAGACAAGCACAUAAAAAAGAAAGGAAUAACACCAGCUAUUAGAACAAACAACAACUUGGGCACAUAUAUUAAAAACAAGAACCAAAAUAAAAAGUACUUACACAGUGGUGUAUACAAACUUAAAUGUGGCGACUCUCCAAAAACUUACAUCGGUCAAACUGGUAGAACUUUUAACAAAUGUAUAGCAGAGCAUAAAAGGGCUUUCAAUAAUAGAAAAACAGAUUAUACAUACGCACUUCACCUUCAAGAUCAUAAUCAUUCUUUUCAUGAUGAAUUUCAAAUUCUUCACAUCCAAAAUAAAAGCUAUCUUUAUUAG